AUGUCCACCGAAACUAUUGUUAAGGCAUCCAACUGGAGAUUGGUUGAAGUUGGUCGUGUUGUUUUGAUCAAGAAGGGCCCAUCCGCUGGCAAGUUGGCCACUAUUGUCGAAAUCAUCGACAACAAGAGAGCUUUGAUUGACGGUCCAGAAACCGGUGUUCCUCGUCAAGCUAUCGACUUGGGUCAUGUUGUCUUGACUCCAUUGGCUUACGCUUUGCCAAGAGGUGCUAGAACUUCCACUGUGUCUAAGAAGUGGAUUGCUUCUGGUGUCUCCCAGAAGUGGGCUUCUUCCUCUUGGGCUAAGAAGAUUGCUCAACGUGAAAGACGUGCUACUUUAUCCGACUUUGAAAGAUUCCAAGUUAUGGUAUUGAGAAAGCAAAGAAGAUAUGUUUUUAAGAAGGCUGUUGCUAAGGCUUAG